UCCACUCGCGUUUUCCGUAGCGGUGGCUUUUAGCCUAACAGUUUAUGCUAUGCGUACAGGGCUACAAAACUGUAAUAUCGUUGCUAUUAGGUGCUGUGAUAGAAGUGAACUACUCAACCUCUGCCAUCACAUAACACCUUACAAAGAGUAGGAAAAAUGGCGGACCAUGCCCCUUCUAUUGCCAUGGAGGCAGUUCUGAAGCCUAGUGCUGAACUCCCGGAAGAUAUGCCAAAAAUCCGAGGCUACGACUUCAACCAGGGGGUUGAUCUCAAGGCGUUGCUGAAGACCUACCUGACCACAGGCUUUCAGGCCAGUAGCUUGGGUCUGGCCAUCCAGGAGAUCAACCGGAUGAUUGAGAAACGCCUGGAACCGGUCGAAGUAGACGGAGAAAAUGAGUCUGAAGUGUCCUGCGAAUCCUCCCGCAAGCCCGGCUGCACCAUCUUUCUGGGAUACACCUCCAACCUCAUUAGCUCUGGAGUGAGAGAGAGCAUCCGCUACCUGGCAGAGCAUAAAAUGGUGGAUGUGAUCGUCACCACAGCUGGAGGCAUUGAGGAGGAUUUCAUUAAGUGCCUGGCUCACACUUACUUGGGAGACUUCAGUCUGUCGGGCAAAGAGCUGCGUCUGAGAGGCAUCAACAGGAUAGGAAACCUUCUGGUGCCCAACGAUAACUACUGUAAGUUUGAAGACUGGCUGAUGCCCAUUCUGGAUCAAAUGUUACUGGAGCAAAACACAGAGGGAAUCCGGUGGACUCCCUCUAAAAUGAUCCAUCGGCUCGGCAAGGAGAUAAACAACACUGACUCUGUCUACUACUGGGCGUACAAGAAUAACAUCCCAGUGUUCAGUCCUGCACUCACCGACGGUUCUCUGGGCGACAUGAUCUACUUCCACUCGUUUAAGAACCCCGGCUUGGUUUUGGACAUCGUAGAAGAUAUUCGAAAGCUGAAUGGCAUGGCGGUUUUUGCCAAGAAAACGGGAAUGAUCAUCCUGGGAGGAGGGUUGGUGAAACAUCAUAUAGCCAAUGCUAACCUCAUGAGAAACGGCGCCGACUACGCUGUGUAUGUGAACACGGGUCAGGAAUUUGACGGUUCGGACUCUGGGGCCCGACCCGACGAGGCCAUAUCCUGGGGAAAGAUCAGGACGGACGCCAAACCUGUUAAGGUGUAUGCAGACGCCACUUUGGUUUUCCCUCUAAUCGUGGCCGAGACCUUCGCUCUACAUGCCGACAAGCUGACAGCGGGACAGAAAGCAGAUUAAAGCGAUUAUGCUACCUUAAAUGUUCAGUUAGGACAACAUCCUGUUUUAUUCUCAUAGUUGUUUUUUUUCCCUCUCUGAAUGAGUGCAUGAAUCAUAUUGAGAUCUGCUGCUUCUCAUACUGCAUUUAAUCUGAAUAGGUAUGAAAUUUUGAGCCAAAGUCUCAUUCAAUGCCGUCUCUCAGCUUUAGUUUUGUAAACUAGAAGGUUUUUUUUUUUCCUUUGCCUAUAAAACAGUUGAAAUAGCAUGCGUGUAAUGCUAUCACAUGUACCAAAGAGAUUUCCUAGAAUGCUUUUGAGUUCGGCUGUAGGCUGUGAGAGCAAGAGCCUAAACAUGUUGCAGCAUAACUCAUCUCAGUGUAGCUGGAGCUCGAUGCAUGGCUGCUUUUAACGAUCAGACCUUAUUGACUUUUAGUUUCAAUGACCAGGUAGAUCAUUUUAAUGCCGACCUUUCAGCUUGGAAGAUGCUCCUGUAUGUUUAACAAAUCAGGAAGACAUUUGAUUUUGUCUUUGUUAAAAUUUUUGGAUUUUAAUCAAUGCUGUAUUUUUAUUUAUUUAUUUUUUGGUUUCUGAUUUGUGUGUGAAAUGCCGUCAUGUGACACUGAGUUGCACAUGAUUAGGUUUGUGAAUAGUGUAUAAAAGAGAAGUCUUAGACAGUAUGUUUGUUACAUUUGGGGUAUAAAAGGGGAAGUGCAGUUGGGACGCUAAUAUUUUCACCCUUCUGUUAAUUAAACAUGGUAAAAAGAUAUACAUUUUCAAUGCAAAGAUGUUAUUUUAUGCAUUUAGCCAUUUAAGUUAUGGAUAUAUAAAACUUGGUAGCUUUGAAAAUCAA